AUGUAUGUGGCUCAGGAGAAGCUUAAUGCAGAGUAUCCGGAUUUUAAGGACCUUGGCGUUUUGAAACCCUUGCCAGUUUGUGAGUUUGAGAUGGGAGGACCUGAAGGAAUUGUGGAAUCAAUACAAAUUAUCAAAGAAGGAAAAGCUUCUGAAACUGAAGCAGUAGACUGUAAAUGGUACAUCCGAGCACCACCCCAGUCCAAGAUCUAUUUGAGAUUCUUGGACUAUGAGAUGCAGAAUUCCAAUGAAUGCAAAAGGAAUUUUGUAGCUGUCUAUGAUGGAAGUAGCUCCGUGGAGGAUUUGAAAGCAAAGUUUUGCAGCACUGUUGCUAAUGACGUAAUGCUACGGACAGGUCUCGGUGUAAUCCGCAUGUGGGCAGAUGAAGGCAGUCGAAGCAGCCGGUUCCAGAUGCUCUUCACGUCUUUCCAAGAACCCCCUUGUGAAGCCAACACAUUCUUUUGCCACAGUAAUAUGUGUAUAAAUAAUACAUUGGUCUGCAAUGGACUCCAGAAUUGUGUAUAUCCUUGGGAUGAAAACCACUGCAAAGAAAAAAGAAAAGCUAACCUAUUGGACCAACUUACCAAUACCAGUGGGACUAUAAUUGGGGUGACUUCUUGCAUUGUGAUCAUCCUCAUUGUUAUCUCUGUUAUAGUACAGAUCAAGCAGCCUCGUAAAAAAUUUGUCCAAAGGAAAACAGACUUUGAUCAAACGGUGUUCCAGGAGGUGUUUGAGCCUCCUCAUUAUGAGUUGUGCACCCUCAGAGGGACAGGGCCUACAGCUGACCUUGCCGAUGUUGCAGAUGACUUUGAAAAUUAUCAUAAACUGCGGAGAUCAUCUUCAAAAUGCAUUCAUGACCAUCACUGUGGAUCACAAGUGUCUAGCAUUAAGGGCAGCCGUAGUAACCUCAGCACAAGAGAUGCUUCUGUCUUGACAGAAAUACAACCCCAGCCUGUAAAACCACUCAUUCAACCCAUGAACAGGAGAAAUAUCCUUGUCAUGAAGCAUAGCUACUCACAAGAUGCUGCAGAUGCGUGUGAGAUAGACGAAAUUGAAGAGGUACCAACCACAAGUCACAGGCUGUCCAGACAUGAUAAAGCUGUUCAGCGGUUCUGCCUCAUUGGGUCUCUAAGCAAACAUGAGUCUGAGUACAACACAACUAGGGUCUAAGAGACAAACUUGAGACUGCUUGAGAAUAGCACGCUCCUGGGUGAUUUUGAACAUGCUACAAUGAAAUGUGAAACUAUCGACCUUGGAAACACCAGCUAGAGGUUUUAUGGACUACCUGACCAGCUAUUCUCAUAUCAUAACAAAAUUCAGCAGUGUUGAGUAAAUUACUAGAAGGCAAUAAGACUUUGGAUAUUAUGCUUAUUGGUCAUUUCACUUUUUCUUUUUCUGUCUUCUUUUCGUUGCAAGUUAAAUUCCCAAUUUCAGGAACAAUUUAUUGAAAUCAGGUAUUUAGCCAUUCAUAAUCACUUCAAUAGAAAUGUUUGUUGGAUAAGCAUCUAGCAAUAUGACUGAAUUUGCAUUGAGAAAAUAAUCUGCAUGUAUGUUACUGAGUAUUUGAGUUGGAAAAAAAUCCCUUUACUAGACACAUUGUAAAAAGCAUGCAUUCACAAUUAUUGCUGUUACUGUCCCAUUUCUGUGUCAUAUGCUUGCUACUUGUAACUUUUUUAUAUAAAGAUACAUAAAACAAUGUAUAAUAA